AUGUCCAUCAUGAAUUCAUUCGUCAAUGAUGUUUUUGAGCGAAUAGCUGUUGAAGCUUCACGUUUGGCACAGUAUAACAAGAGGUCAACCAUUUCCUCACGUGAAAUUCAAACGGCUGUUCGCUUGAUUCUACCCGGAGAACUGGCUAAGCAUGCCGUAUCUGAAGGCACCAAAGCUGUUACCAAGUACACCUCAAGCAAAUGA